GCCGCGCGGGCGCCAUGGUAACCGGCACCGCCCCCUCCCUGGCAGGCCGCGACGGGGGCAGGGGCGUGUCCUCGCGGGCCGGGACGGUGGCCGCCUUGGCCCAAACCGCCCCUUCCCUUUCACGCUCCGCCGCCGGGAGCGAGACGGCGCAUGCGCCUGAGCGGGGGGACGGGGACGGGGACAGGGACGGGGACGGGCGGAGAGCAGCGGCGGGUUUCCGGUUCCGGGCCGAGCAGCAGGUUCAGGUCCGAGGCGGCGGCUGCUUCCGGGGGGUGGGGACGCGAUGGAGUCGGUGCUGAGCGAGGUGGUGGCGGUGGAGGAUCUGCUGGAAGAUUGUUCCGUAGCCGGAUCCCUUCUCCAGAGAACGCUUCGUCCCCAGCUCUCGUGUGGUUCCCUCCAGGGCUUUGGGAUCUGCGUUGCCCCACAGAAGUGCAGCUGUCGUGGUGGUUCAUGGCUCAAAACUCGGUCUUGGGGCUUGCUUUGAAGAUCAUGUCAAAGGCCUUACGCUGGCAUCGGUAGCUGACUGAGACCCAGUGGGAAGAACUGAGCGUAGAUCCGAAGGGACCAUAGGUCACCUAAUCCAGUGUUCCUCAACGACUGGUCUGUGGACUGGCACUGGUUCCUGAGAUUUUCCUGAUACAGUUUAGGAAGGCAGCAAGCUAUCAAAAAGGCCGAGACACACUGCUCUAGUUGCAUCUGAAGAAGUGGAUUUUUUACCCACAAAAGCUUAUGCUCAAAUAAAUCUAUUCGUCUUUAAGGUGCUACCGGACUCCUUGUUGCUCUAGUCUGACUUCCUGUCUAUCACAGGCUGGCAGUUUUUACCCAGUUCCCCCUGGGUUGAGCCUGAGAACUUGUGCAUGACGAAAGCAUAUUCCAGAAAGUCUGGUUUGGAAGAUGUCAAGGGAUGGAGAAUCGACUGCUUUCUUGGGGGAGUUGGUUCUGGUUGCUUAAGGUUGUCAACUCUGAGUCUUGCUUGUGGUCUGCUCAUGAGUCAAUUAAGCAGUAAUUAACUCCGCUGUAGAUAGGAUGGCUCUGUUUGUUGCCUUCUUUGUGAGCUGGAGGAGGCUGGGAAAUGUUGAUUUCCUGACUAGGGCUUCUGUGGUUUUGCGAAGAUGUUUGUGGAGGCCAGAGUGAAGGGAAAGCAGUGCUGCAGGUUUCGUAAUCGCAGCUGGGACCGUCGUCUAGGAUGGUGUCUAGUAUUUUGAUUAUUGAAGGUGGCUAAUUUCCAGAUUCCAAGGGCAGAAGGGAUCAUCGGGAAACCUCUUGUGUAACACAGGCCCGAAUGAUGAAUGCCUGUUUGAACGAGAGCGGACAUUUCAGAAAAACAUCCCAUUUGGAUUUCAGAAUCGCCAGCGAUGGAGAAUCUACCACAGCUGUUGGGAAGUGGUUCUGGUUGUUUGGUGCUUUAUUUCUAGUCUGAAUUCGUCAUCAGAACGGCCACACUGGGUCGGACCAAAGGUCCAUCAAGCCCAGUGUCCUGUCUUCCGACAGUGGCCAAUGCCAGGUGCCCCAGAGGGGAUGAAGAGAACAGGUAAUCAUAAAGUGAACCAUACCCUGAUGCCCAUUCCCAACUGUUGGAUCUUGUUAGACCUUUGUCUGCUGGGCUGAAGAGCCGAUGGUUGGACUUGUUCCCAUGUAAGUACUUAUAGAUGGGAAGCGAUCAGACCUAGUAGACAAAAGUCUAAGAUGAUCCAGCUGCUGGAAGUUGAAGCUGGAGCAAUUCAAACUGGAAAGAAGGUGUGAAAUUUUAUCAGCGAGGAGGAAUUCACCAUUGGGAAAAGUUCCCAAGGGCUGUGGUGGAUUCUUAAAUUAAGGCGACAUCCCUGCUCGAGUUCAACUUGGAAUUAAUUCAGGGCAUCCAAUGACCUGUUACACAGGAGGUCUGACUAGGUGAUCGCAAUGGUGCCUUCUGCCCUUAGACUCUUUGAAGAAGAGUCUUCGAUUAUCAAAUUUCUGUUCCCAUGUAGGUGGUUAUAGAUCAAGUCACCCGUUAACCUUCUCUUUGAGCUGCUGGAGGCAUGCUUCUUCUCACUUUUUAGUCGUUCUCAUGCCUGUUCUUUGAAUCUCCUCCAAUUUAUCCCCAUCCUUCUGGAAUGGAGGACCCUGCAAGUGGGUUCAGGAUUCCAGUAAUGGUUGCACCAGUGCCAAAUAUGAGGGAAUCAUAGAAUGGUAGGACUGGAAAGGACCUCGAGAGGUCAUCUAGUCCCAUCCCCUGCACUCAAGGCAGGACUAAGUAUU